UAGCAAUGUCAUACCAGCACCAUGUCGAGCAAAGUUUUACGAAAUUAUUACAAACACCGCAUACCUACCAGCCGCGAAUUAUUCUUAAUUGCCAAUAAUUUAGAGUGCAUUAUAUUGCAUUGGCUACCCUUGUUAUCGAUAUAUAAGUCGUGGUUUCCAAUCAGCACGUAUCAGUUGGCUACUAAGCUCAGAUAACAGCACAAGAAACCACAAAAAAAUGUUCAGCAAGGUGAUCUGCUUCGCUCUCGUUGUUGCCGCCGUGGCAGCCCAGUACGGUGACCACGGGCAUGGCCACGCAUACUCAUCUCAACACAUCUCUCGUCACGAUGGACCUGACCACGUUGUGUCUGUUCACGGACAUGAGGGUGGUCACGGACAUGAUCAUGGGCAUCAUGUUGACUAUUAUGCUCAUCCAAAAUACGAGUUCGAAUACAAAGUGUCUGACCAUCACACCGGCGACCACAAGAGCCAGCACGAGUCCCGCGAUGGUGACCACGUAACUGGUUACUACUCGCUCCACGAGCCUGAUGGCUCUGAGAGGAUUGUUCACUACCACGGCGAUAAGCACAGCGGUUUCCACGCUACCGUCAAGCACGAAACGCAUCACAUCGUGUUGUGCCUCAUCGCGAUGGUAGCUGUUACAGCUGCUCAAUACGACCACGAACACGGUCACCACGCUUACUCAUCUCAGCAUAUUUCGCGACAUGACGGUCAUGCUCAACCAGUGACUAUCCACGGACAUCAUGAACAUGGGCAUGACCAUGGACAUCAUCACGUUGACUACUAUGCUCAUCCUAAAUACGAAUUUGAGUACAAAGUGUCUGAUCCUCAUACUGGUGACCACAAGAGCCAGCACGAGUCACGAGAUGGUGACCACGUGACUGGCUACUACGCUCUACAUGAGCCUGAUGGCUCAGAGAGACACGUUGACUACCACAGCGACAAGCACAGCGGAUUCCACGCUACCGUGAAACACAGCACUCAUCAUAUUGUCCCUCAUCAUCACCAUCAUUAAUUUUGUUAAUUAAUCUAAGACCUAUUAGCUAUAAAUACUAAUUCUUUU